CUCCUCCUCGCCCCGUAACGCGCGUGAGCGUUGCGCGCCUCCUCCUAGCUCAGCAGGAAGGUCUACACGGCUACCAGCAUCACCACCUCAGGCUGCCGAUCGAGACCUCUUGGCCUGUUGCAGGUACCCUCAUGGACAGCCGCCGCUGAGGAGGCCAUGUCGCCCAACCGACCAGUCAAGGCGCGCCCCCAGUUUCGGCGCAGGUUCAGCCUCCAGCCGUCCUUCUUCAAGGACGAUGCCGAGGGAGAGGGCAAGCUGCACACGCCCAGCCGGUCUACGAGCCGCGUGGACGCCGAGCCGUCGGGGAGCAGCUCCCCGGCGACGGACGCGCGCCACCGCGUCGUCGUGAUGGGCGCCGCCAAGGUGGGCAAGACGUCCAUCAUCUCGCGCUUCCUGUACGGCACCUUCUCGGACAAGUACAAGCGCACGGUGGAGGAGAUGCACCACGGCGAGUUCAGCGUGGGCGGGCUGCGCCUCACGCUCGACAUCCUCGACACGUCCGGCGCGUACGAGUUCCCCGCCAUGCGCGCUCUAUCCAUCUCCUCGGCGGACGCCUUCAUCCUCGUCUACGACGUCACCGACGCCGGCACUUUCGAGGAGGUGCGGGCUCUUCGCGACCAGAUCCUCGAGACGAAGGGCGCCGCGCCCGCCCCCAUCGUCGUAGUCGGCAACAAGACUGACCUGCCGGAGGAGCAACGGGAGGUGGAGCUGGAGACGACAGAGUCUGUGGUGACGGUGGACUGGGAGAACGGCUUCGUGGAGGCGUCGGCCAAAGACGACGUGAACGUGACGGAGGUGUUCAAGGAGCUGCUGGCGCAGGCCAAGGUGAAGUACAACCUGAGCCCGGCGCUGCGGCGGCGGCGCAAGCUGUCGCUGGCGCGCCACUCCAUCUCCGAGGGGCCUGGCGCCAGCGCCUCCUCGCACAUCCCGUCUCCCCAGCAGCUGCAGCACCUGCAGGAGCUGCGCGAGAAGCACGCCAAGAGGAACUCCUGCGUUCUCUCAUAGAAUCCGCAAUACGGGAGUAGAACACCGUAGCGUCUUCUGCCUGUCGGUGUGAGCCCCGCAUAAGACACUGCUGUCAUGGUUGUCCUCGUUAUGCGCCUACACGUGUAAAUAUUUUCAUCGGCGGAGAUGUGUGACAGCGACUUCUUGGUUACAUUAAGAAAUUACCCACACGUACGCAGAUGUCGGUGAAGGCAAAAAUGAAAUUCUACCUUUUUUUCUACUGUUGUAAGAUGAGAGAUGCUAUACAGUCUGCGUUACAGCAAAAGCUCCUUUCGUUGUAACAUGCCCCAACUACAAUAUUCCUUGCGGUUGUCCCACACCCUUUAGAAAGAGUCGACAAUAAAAGGUAAUACUGAAACAGCUGCAUCGCAGCAGACUCAUGUUUAACACAGGUGGUUUUCAUCGUGGAGAAUCAUGUCAUUCACAUGGCAUCUUCCUCGUAAGAACGUUUUUAUUUAUUCUUGAUAACGACUGAUAAAUUUGCUUUAUUCGUAUUGCUCAUAGGCUGUGUCUGUUAGUGUUCAAGAGAUCGCUUGUGUUUCAGUGUUCUGUCCGCUCCUUAUUACCUCACCUGCACCGUAAUACUUGGAAUACUGCAACACAAAAAGCUUCUGCUCGAGUCCACAUAUCCUUAAUACUGGAGCUAAGGAAUGAUUUACCGAAUAGUACAGGAAGAAACGUUACCAAACUCGUACAUAUUUCCUUCUGAAAUUUAGAGAAUAAAAAAAAAUACCCGUCCUUCAAAGGUACACUUACGUGUAAAAGGAUAUGAGCAUUUAUUAUGUCCCUCAUCAUUAUUAUAUUUUUUCUUCGAUUAGCUUGCAAUACAAGUAAAUUUGCUUUCGAUAAUGGAGAAACCGCGAUUAGAGCAACACAUAUUACCAAACCGUAUUCAUUUACCUGUCAAAGUAACAUUAGCGAUGUUCGUCGAUAAUCAACUGUGGCGUAUAUAUGAUUUGAAACCACUUUCAAAAUUCUGUCAUCGUAAAAACGUUUGAAAAGAAGCAUAGGCAGAUUCGUUAAGAAAUGACAGUUCAUACUGGAUAAUAAUUAAGAAAUAAUGCUGAAUCUUCUUCAGAAGGCACUGCAACCUGCACUAAGCGGAAUUGCCUUGAUUAUUUUAAGCUACGUUAUGUCUCAGGUAAUGCAGAUAACUCAAAGACGAGCGUUAGCUCUGCCGUACAUUUGGAAGCUGUAAAUAAAUACGACACCACAACUGUUUCUCAAUGUUUGAAAGUGGAACAUCCAUGCAAUCACUGUCUCACAUCUCAGUGUUCCAAUUUUUAAAUUUUAAGAAAAUUGUCUUACCGUAUGAUACUUAUUUUUAGACUAAUUGUGUAAACUGAUAUUUAAUGUCUCUUCUAUCGAAUGUCAAUAUCUGUGAAACCAAGUAUUUUCUGGGGUAUUCAUAUUAUAGCCAGUAAAAUCCAUCCGAAUUCAUUACAGUGAAGGCCGCAGUCGACUGUAAUUAUCAAAGACUAAGUCGCAUGAAAUGCUGUUGAGUGUAGGAUGUGGCAGAGAUGUAAGUCAACAGUUGGUUACUAAAAGCUGAUACUACAGUCUGUUAAUGUACUCGUAUAAUGUAUAACGACCACUUCAAAACACCAAUUACUAAUCAAAUUUUACUGUAAACUAUUUAUAAGACUAUUAAAUCUAAGAUUAUAUUCUUGGUCAAUAUUAGGAUCAGUCCUACCAUAUUUUUAGCAUUUUAAUGUACAUCCAAAUCUGUGAGAUAAUAUGUAUAGAUAUGUUUAUUUCAGGGUUCUAUAAAGCAUCAUCUCUUCGUGUGGCAUCGUUUCUUGGCAGUUUCGAAAGUAAUUUACAGUGGAAAUUUAAUGUAAGAUUUCUUUAUAUAUGUGACAGAUGGUCUUAAGAGGUAUCAGCCAUCUCUAAUGUUGUGUCAAUAAAGCAAAAGGCUGAACAACUCACCUUGUGUUCUGUUAAAACAUAAAGGUUCGAAAAAAACUGAAUGUUAUUACAGUAACAGUUGCACUUCUCAAGGGCUCCAGGUCGCACCAUAUUCCAGAUGCAGUUGCUUUGACGCACUGCAUUGGAAUAUCGAUGACACGCGCAUGAAGAAUACGUGUAUCUGUGGUAUUCAUAAAAAUGCAAACACGCUGCAGAUA